UGCGAACGUCAUGCAUGCAUUGUGCUAUUUAUUUACUUGAGCACGCAGCAGACCUGCAGCAGGACUGACUGUGUUCACAGCGAAAAAGCAGGAAUCUUUCGUUCUGUAAAAUGUAAUCCUGGAAACUUUCUGUGUCGCUGCAGUGGAUUCUCUGUAGAUCCCUGUAGGCUAGCAACUGUUUGAAGAACACAAUGAGAAUCAACCCUGGGCCGUUGGGAUAAGUUGCAUGCAUCGGCGAUGCGCGGUGUUUAUCGAUGUUGUGAUGUAUUCUGAUCUGAGCUGAGCAUUGAUCAUGUUGAUGUCUGAUGAUGAUGCGGCAAUGAUCAUAAUGAUGUGCAGCCAGACCUGAUUUGAAGACGUCAAUCUAUAAGUUGAGCUACAUUUUUAAAUUAGGUUCGUCUAGUGCUUAACCAUGGGUUGCUGUCACAGUUGCCGUUGUCGCAAGUCCAAGUCGGCCAGCGAGCCAGAGCCGGCCAGUCACUAUAUCUACUCCAACAACCCCAUACCGGAGAAGAAUCACAUCCCCUUCACCGAUAUGCAGAUGCAGCUGACUGGUUCGCAAGACCUUCACAUCAUCCCUCCUGCUAACGGGAACAUCAAGGACGGUCAGAGCACCAUUGGUUCGACUAAACCACGGGGAUCCAACGUCUCUCUGGCUAAGAGGAGCAGUGCCUUCUAUCGCCUGAGCAAACUCGGGAGUGACUUCAGCAUCGGGGAGAGCAUCCGAACCGAUGGGAGCACGUGGACAGUGGCAUCCUCAAUCAACGAUCAGAAGGAGGUGGAUGAUCCCAAUUAUGCCGCGGAUGUCCUCACCAAGCUCAAUCGCUUCCGACACGCCAACAAAUACACAGACUUCACAAUCUAUGUGGGCAACCUGACCUUCCGUUGCCACAAGGUUGUCCUCUCAGCCACCAGUCGCUUUUUUGCGCUCAAUAUCUGUGAUGAGGUCACGGAAGAAGGGGAGGUGAUCAUCAAGCAUGACAUGACCCUGAACGAUAUCAGGCCUGACGUCGUGGGUCUGCUCCUGGACUACAUUUAUACAGCCAGGCUCAUGAUCAGUGGUGAGAACGUCGUGGACCUACUGACAGCAGCUCAGUGCUUCUACCUUCACUCUGCUGAACAGGCCUGCCAGGAAUUCUUGGAGAGACAGGACAACAGAAGCCGCAACUCAAUCACUGAUUCAUCCAAAAUCAUGGCUGAGUACACCUUCGAGCAACCGUACCAUGUGAACGAAAUUCUCCUGGGUCUGAAUGAUCAGCGAUUUGACAAUAGGUUUGUGGAUGUCACGCUAUGUGCUGGAGAGGAAGAGCUUCCCUGUCACAGAGUUGUCCUGGCAACAGUUGACUCUGCGAUGGAAGAGAGACUACAAACAGCCGAUGAAACUGGUCGUGUGAAGAUAACAGAUGUGAGUGCACCAGUUAUGAGAAUGAUUGUGAACUAUACUUACACCUCCAAGCUUGAGGUCUGUGAGGAGAAUGCAAAGGAAGCCCUUGUGUUGGCCAGUACCCUCCGACAUGAGUCCGCCGUUCGCAAAUGCAGUGAGUUUUUGAAGACAAUGCUAGAUCCUGCUAACUGUCUUAGCAUCCAGCGAUCUGCCAGUGGCCCAAGCUGUGAGCUACUGCACAAGGUAGCGACAAAGUUUGCCCUGAAGAACUUUCGGGAGGUCAUCAAGUAUGAAGAGUUCCUCGAUUUGUCACCGCAAGAACUUGUUGAUUAUCUGGGAGAUGAUAAUUUGAAUCUCUUUAGUGAAGAGGAGGCUUACAAAGCCCUCAUCAGAUGGAUCAAGCAUGACUUUGAGGCAAGAAAGGAACACCUGCCAUUUGCCCUGAAGAGCAUCCGUCUUCCUUAUGCCUCACCGAAAGUCUUAGAUGCAGUUGCAGAGGACCCAUUAGUGAAGGAGUGCGAAGGAUGCCAGGAUCUAAUCCUGGAAUCACGAGCCAUUCACAUUUUGAUCAGAGAUGGCAAGCAGAAGAGCGACCCACGAAUGAGACCUCGCAAAUCCUUCGCUGAUGUGACCUUUGUCAUUGGUGGCCGAAAUAAGAACCAGCAGUGGAUACCAGAUACCAGUUACUAUGACAACAUCCGCAGAAAGUGGUUCCCCCUGGAACCGUUUCCGGGGAGCAACACCGAGUACAAGGUUGUGGCAUUGAGCAAUGACGUGUACGUCAUCAGUGGACGCUUCAGAGAGGGACAGUUGUGUGGGAAUGUUUGGAGGUACAACUCCCUCUUUGAUGAGUGGACUGAAGUUGCUUCAAUUCACCUUCCACGUGUCUCCCACGGUGUCGGGGUCCUCCAGGACCUCAUCUACGUGGUGGGAGGCCGGGUGGACAAAUCUAACGAACCUCUCCAGGAGGUUGAGAGAUACUGCCGCCAAACCAACCAGUGGAAGAAGAGUGAAUCCAUGACCUAUGGGGUGCUUGACCCUGUUGUCACAUCCCACAGCCGGCGUCUCUACGUCGUGGGAGGGCUCAGCGAGGAGGGUCAGGUUCUUGUCCAGUGCUUCCACCUUGACAAGAACGCCUGGACUGUCAUCAAGGAUGUCAGUCUGCCCUUCGAGCCACGAUUCGGAGCAACCGUGAAGAGCAAGAUCUAUCUAGUGGGAGGCAAGACGGAGUACCAGGUUCAAGUGUAUAACCCCAACAAGGGCGAGGACAAGAUGAUUGGUGAGAUGCAGCAUGCGGAGGGUCACGCGAGGGAGCUCUACUCAGCGACAGUCACCAACCGCAAGAUUGACGUCACAGGCGGGCAGUGGACAGUCGGCACGAUAGAAGAUGCUCUGACCAUCGCCACAAACAGCGUUGAGCAGUAUGACCCACUGACCAAUGAGUGGACGGUGCUUGGACCGAUGCCGAGGGCGUUGACCUUCCACGGCUGUGUGACCAUCAAGAUGUACAUCGGCUUACCUAAGGGAACAGACAGCUGGUCGAGCAACAAAAAGUCGUACCAGAUAAGCCGCAAAUAAAGGCAAAGAGAGUACUUGUUUCAACGUUAUGAAGCUGACAGUUGAUUGAUUUCACUUCAUUGAGGCUAUGUUCUUUCAGUUAUUCAUUCAUAUUUCUCUAUCAGGUUUUCUUUUUUGAAUUGUGACACUAUAUUCACACUACCUUGACCUACCGUCAGAACUAGAUUCAAGGAUAUAAAUUUUACUUUAAUUUCUACAAAUCUGUGCUCAACUUUCACGCAAUUUAUUGUAUUUAUUUGAAUGAGAUUUCCUUUUCUUUUCUAUUCAGAGUGCAUUGAGAGUAAUGAUUAAGUUCUUUCAUUGUUUUAACUCAUCGGCAGCUUGAGUUAAAGUUAACUUAUGGACCUCUCUAAUGCCACGUUGUAUGUUGGACGUUGCAUGUCUGACAUAGGUGCAAGCAUGUCUGACAUAGGUGCAAGCAGGUGCAAGCAUGUCGGACAAAGGUGCAAGCAUGUCUGACAUAGGUGCAAGCAUGUCCGACAUAGGUGCAUGCAUGUCCGACAUAGGUGCAAGCAUGUCUGACAUAGGUGCAAGCAUGUCCGACAUAGGUGCAAGCAUGUCUGACAUAGGUGCAAGCAUGUCCGACAUAGGUGCAAGCAUGUCCGACAUAGGUGCAAGCAUGUCUGACAUAGGUGCAAGCAUGUCCGACAUAGGUGCAAGCAUGUCUGACAUAGGUGCAAGCAUGUCUGACAUACCGGUAGGUGCAAGCAUGUCUGACAUAGGUGCACACAUGUUGGACAUAGGUGCACACAUGUCGGACAUUUGUGCAUGCAUGUCGGACAAUAAUCAUAGCUGUAAUUGAUUGAAGUAUCAUGUAGCAGGGCUAAUUAUGUGGAGUGGCCAGUGUCAUUUUUGUUGAAUCAAUUAGUAACUGCUGAAUCCUACAUACCCCAGCAGCUUCAUGCACAUACAUUGUGUACUUGUACGAGACCAAAGAGUUUGCUGGAUUUUGUAGGAUUCAACAGGGUUGAGGUGUUAAUUAAUGUACAUAAUCGUGUAGUUUAGCAUUGCACACUAACCUGGUGAUCAAAUGUACGUACACGUAAUGGA